AUGGGCAGCCUUGGUAGUUCUUCUUAUUCAGACUCAAAUUCCAGCUUUGAUUAUGAUGUUCUCAUUAUCGGAGCAGGUCUCAGCGGUCUCUACUCCCUGAUCAAGAUGCGACAACUUGGAUUCAGGGCGAGAGUCCUAGAGGCAGGUGCAGGAGAAGGUGGGACAUGGUUUUGGAACCGGUAUCCUGGUGCUCGAUUUGACUCAGAGAGUUGGUCGUAUAACUUUUCUUUUUCUCAAGAACUUUUAGAUGAAUGGAGUUGGACGGAACAUUUCGCACCUCAGACGGAAACCCUGAAAUACUGUCAAUUCAUUUGUGAGAAAUUCGGUUUGAAGAGUGAUAUCCAGUUUAAUACUCGCAUUAAGUCCGCACAUUACCAAGAGGGUAAUUCCUGGUUACUGACCGAUGAGUCUGGCCACACGUAUACUUCUCGCUUCCUCAUCACUGCCAUGGGCCUUCUGAAUCAAGCCACCUACCCGGAUAUUCCGGGUGUGGCAGAUUUUCAAGGUGUAUCAAUGCAUACAUCUCGUUGGCCCGAAGGAAUAUCGUUGGAGGGGAAGCGGGUCGGGAUUAUUGGUGUUGGAGCCACUGGAAUCCAAACCAUUCAAGAGAUCGUAAAGACCGUUGGCCAUCUCACUGUAUUCCAGCGCAAUCCUAACUGGUCUGCGCCGCUGCACAACGCCAAGAUCACGCCAGAGGAGAUGAACGACAUUAGAGCCAGAUACCCCGAGAUUUUCAGACUUUGCAAUGAAUCAUGGUCAUGUUUCGUUCACGGCGCGGAUAAGCGAAAAACCUUCGAUGUUCCCAAGGAACAAAGAGAAGCAUUCUGGGAAGAUCUUUAUUCCAAACCUGGCUUCGCCAAAUGGCUGAGCAAUUUCGGGGAUAUCAACACUGACAAGGCUGCUAAUGCCGAGUUUUCCAAUUUUAUUGCUAAGAAGAUUCGACAGCGGGUGCAUGAUCCUACGACGGCCGAGAAGCUCAUCCCCAAAGACCAUGGUUUUGGCACGAAAAGAGUUCCACUUGAAACAUUUUAUUUCGAGGCCUAUAAUCAACCCAAUGUUCGACUAUUUGAUAUCAAGGAAGACCCAAUUGAGAGAAUCGCUGAAAGGGGUAUCAAGACACAGAACGACUUUGUCGAAUUGGAUAUUCUGAUAUAUGCUACUGGGUUUGACGCCAUCACCGGAGCAUUCUCUGCAAUCGACUUCUGUGGUGUCGACGGCCAACGAAUAAUGGACACUUGGGCUGAAGGCCCACGAACUCAAAUGGGUCUAUUUGUCCACAAAUUCCCAAAUAUGAUGAUGAUUCUAGGGCCUCAUCAAAUGUUUGGAAAUAUUCCAAGAAGUAUCGAAUACGCAGUCAACUGGGUAUCAAGCUGCCUCGAGUAUUGUCGCGAUCACAACAUCACUAGAAUCGAAGCGACUCCUGAAGCGGUUGAGCGCUGGACUGACCAUGUUCACAAAUGUGCCGAAGGUUUAUUGGCGAACGAAGUCGAUUCUUGGAUGACGGGCGUGAACAAAAACCUGAGACACAAACAAACCCGCAUCAUAGCUAGGUAUAAUGGACCCGCCCCUGGCUACAGAGCUUUGACGCAGGAUGUUGCAGAUAGAGGAUACGUGGAUUUAAAUCUUGCGUAA